CUUGAAGGCAUCAAACAAUAGCCCAGUGGCUAGCAGGCUAGCAUUGUCCCGCUCCAUAACGGGUCGCUGAGUUGCUCCUUCGCUGCUCGAUGUGUUUCAUUGGGCUGUUCAGAUGGACUUCGGGCAGCAUGUGUUAUCCGCGGGCAAAGCCGUCCUGGACAUGAUGGAGAGAGAAUGGCAGCCUCUGUCCGCCGGGGAGCUGGACUUUCGGCUAGACCAAGCGAUGGAGGAGAUCCUGGAGUCCGAGCUGGUUGGGAAAAUCGAAACGCAGCCCUCUCCCGCUGUUUACAUUCAGUUACUGCAGAGUAAAGCAAGCCCUGCCCCUCAGGUUUCACCCACAGCGGCUGCGUUUAGUGGUCUCACCGAGGAAGGAAGGACGACAGAGGACCAGCAGGAGACAGCGGACAGUGAAGCAGUCCAGUGCAUCUCAGAGCUGCUUCAACGCUCCAAAUCCAGGGAUCGAUUGGCUGGACGGGCUCACUUGUCUUUACCUCACACGGUUCUCCUGUCUCUGUCCCUGCUCUCCGAACGGGUCAGCUACCGCUCCGUGUCCCGCCGCUUCCAGCUGGAGAAGGGAAACAUCCACAGGAUCUUCUUCUCGUUCUGCGAGAGAAUCAGCUCGCUCAAGGAGGAGCAAAUCAGAUGGCCACUUGGAGAAGAGGCUGCUGAGGCACUUUUCCCAUUUUCAAGUCUGGUUGAAAUAAAAGAGCAAGAUGAAGGACAUGGUCUCCCUCAUGUUCUAGGAGUAUUGGGACACACACGGAUUCCUAUACGUUUGCCCGUAGAAAAACAUGACCCGGAGAGGGUUGGACCGGCGGAAAAGAGAAUGAAGGAGGGCCAAUCCGACUCCUGGUUAAAUUUGGAGCUUGUGUGCAGCCACAGAGGCCAGUUCCUGCACUGCAGAGUCAGCAAAAGCUCAGAUGUAGAUCGAGGCAGGACACUGAGUGACCGACUCAAACAGAACCCUGAACUGAUGCCGCUGGGCUCCUGUCUUGUAGCCAGAGCCGGAUUCCCUCUAACAGCACAGAUUCUAACCCCUUACACGGGAGAAAAAGGACCAAAACAGGAACUCUUUAACCAAACCUUGGAGGAACACUGUCGGAUUCUCGAUCAGGCAGUCAGCAGCCUGAAGGCCAGAUUCAAACGGCUCACCUAUCUGGACAUCGGAAACUACGACCGAGCCGGGACUGUUGUUCUGACUGCAUGUGUAUUACACAAUGUGUUCUUACAGAUGGGACAUGAGGUUGAAGGAGAGUCUGAGACAGCGAAUCUUCUAACUGCACAAAAGGAGGUCGGGGAGGAAGAUGAGGAGGGAGUACAGAGACGCAAUGAAGUUGCAGAAUUGCUGCUGAUGAAUGCUCAUUCUGGGGGCGCGUGAUAUUUACAUUGAUAAAAACAUGAGGUAAUAAAGAUUUAUUUUGUUAGAGCGUCA